GGGGGACUAGACGUGUGAUGAGCGCCUAUGGAAGGGGUGAUGGGGCUGUUUUCUGAUGUGCUUUGGGAAACUGGCUCCUUGAUUUUCACUCCUUCUUUGGGUAUUUUCUGUAUGUGUAUAAAUAUUUUUGUAACCUAAAUUCCAAGUGCAUUUUAAUACGAUUUUAUACUGUUGGCCAAUGACAUUUGCUCAUUGAGGGCGGUGAACAGGUGUGUUAAGAGGGCUCCAGGAGAUGGUACUGGGGGAUAUCAGCGGAGGCGAUUCAGUGCUUGGGCUCCCGUGGGAGGCAGCGAUUGGAGGUGGGAUCUUCAGAGAAGGAGGACUUUGAGGUCACAUUGUAACACCGGGAGCACAGACUGGAGAACUACAGAAAUGAGGAGAGAGGGGUGCUGAGGGACGCAGAUGGGAGCCCGUCAGGAGGCCUAGGGGCUCAGUGACGGGGAUGGAGGCUGCGAGGCCUCUCUGUGCCCUUUGGACCCAGUAAGGGUCAGUGAUUGGCAGUUGGGCAGGUCAACGACGAUUUCCUACUAGGGUGCAUUAUUGGGAACCCCAUGUUGGAGAUUACUUGGGGUCCUGUGGAAACCACAUUCCCAGGAAAUGCUUGUGGGCAAUUGGGAGUGAUGAUUUCAGGAGCCUGGCUGUGGUGGUGAUGGGGAGGCAUUUCGUGACCUCCUGGCAAUCCUGCCAAUGACUGUUAGGGUGUGCAUGGGGUGGGGGGCCACUCAUGCGGACAGGCCAGAAACUAAGUGAUUGGGGUUCCUGGUGCAUGUCUGUGGGUUUUCCAGGUGAAGGUGGGUUUUGAAUACAGUGAACUGAAGUUUGUCAGGAAAUUCUGGGCUAUCUAGGCUAUUAUGGAGAAGUCCAGGAGCUUGGACUAGACUCACUAGAUGUGGCCAGCAAGAACCUUCAGCUCUCUGAAGGCAGCAGGAAAUGGAAAUGUUGUUUCUGGAAGCUGACCACGUAGGAGACCACCUGGGAUAGUGGUGACUGUGUACAGAUGUGCAACCUUAAGGCAAAUGAGGACUUCCUAGUGUCUCUGCAGAAUGCCUGGGUCAGGUCACAGCACGGAGGCUGCAGGAUCUCCCCUCACAGUCCAGCCAGCAUCUCCCCGGCAGCUCUGACUGGAGCCUCCAGAUGCCUAUCCAGCCUCAGGCUCCUGGACAAGUGGAGUUGUCAGCAAGAUCAACAAAGAGGUGAAGCCGGGGGAUCAUGCCUGCUGAUGUGACUUUACCCCAGAGGCCCCAGGUCCUGGGUGCAGAGGAGCAGGUUGGAGCAUGUGAGAGGUCAGUGUCAUUCGAGGACAUUUCCAUGGACUUCAGCAGGGAGGAGUGGCAGCAGCUGGACCCUGCCCAGAGACGCCUGUACCAGGAUGUGAUGCGGGAGGUCUACAGCCACCUCUUCUCUGUGGGGUAUCACAUUCCCAACCCAGAGAUCGUAUUCAGGAUAGAGACAGGAAAGGAGCCAUGGAUGGGGAAGGCUGAACUCCUACAUCAGAAGCAUCCAGAAGGAGAGCUUGGACUUGAAACCUCACAACAAGAAAUUUUUGGGAAAACCUCAUUUUAUGACAGUAAGGCAGGUGAAUUCAAAAGAGGUGGUUCAUGGUGUUCCAUCUUAGAAGAACAAUGGCAAGAUGUUGACCAUACAAAGAGAGAUCAGCUAAAUCAAAAUAAACCUUCACACCAUGGGACUUGCCUCAACAGGAAAAUACUGAGUACAGAGCAAGAGCAUGAAUAUAAGGACCCUGGAAAAAUCAGUCACGUGAGGCCCCACCUAGUUUCUUCACAAGAAAGACCUCAUAAAUGUUGCUUAUUUGCAAAAAAUGUGAAGCCUAAUCUAGAAGUAAAUGGUCAAAAUCCAAGCAAUGUCACAAAACACCUUGGGGAGGUCAUUGGAUCUGGUCAGCUGUUCACCCAUAGCUCUUGCAGUGCUUGCUACAAGAAUAUUCAUACAGGAGAGAACUUGCACAAAGGUAAUCAAUGUACUAAAGUCACCAACCAUAAACAGCCACUCACCCAACAUCAAUAUCAUAGUCUAGAGAAACUGGAUAAAUGUACUGAAUGUGGGAGGGAUCUCACCCAAAAGUCACAAUUCCUCAAGCAACAGAGAUUCCAUAGUGUGGAAAACCUACAGGAAUGCAGCAAAUGUGGAAAAGCCUUCACCUUACAACCAAAACUUGGUGUAUAUCUGACAGAUCAUACAGGUAGCAUACCUUAUUUAUGUAAGGUAUGUGAGAAAGUGUUCAUUCAGAGGUCAGAACUGAUUACACACCAGAAAACUCACACUAGAAAGAAGCCCCACAAAUGCCAUGAAUGUGGAAAAGCCUUUUUCCAGAUUUUAUCUCUCUUCAGACAUCAGAGAACUCACACUAGAGGAAAACUGUAUGAAUGCAGUGAAUGUGGAAAAGGCUUCUCCCAGAACUCAACCCUUAGUAUACAUCAGAAAAUUCACACUGGUGAGCAACAGCAUGUAUGCAGUGAAUGUGGAAAGGCCUUCACCCAGAAGUCAACACUCAGCCUGCACCAAAGAAUCCACUCAGGGCAGAAGUCCUAUGUGUGUAUUGAAUGUGGGCAGGCCUUCAUCCAGAAGGCCCACCUGACUGUGCAUCAGAGAAGUCACACGGGGGAAAAACCGUAUCAGUGCCACAACUGUGGGAAAUCCUUCAUUUCCAAGUCGCAACUCGAUAUACAUCAUCGAAUUCAUACUGGGGAGAAGCCUUAUGAAUGUAGUGACUGUGGAAAAACCUUCACCCAAAAGUCACACCUCAAUAUACACCAGAAAAUCCAUACUGGAGAAAGACACCAUGUAUGCAGUGAAUGUGGGAAAGCCUUCAACCAGAAGUCAAUACUCAGCAUGCAUCAAAGAAUUCACACUGGAGAAAAACCUUACAAAUGCAGGGAGUGUGGGAAAGCCUUCACUUCCAAGUCACAGUUCAAGGAGCACCAGAGAAUUCACACUGGAGAGAAACCUUACAUGUGCACAGAAUGUGGGAAGGCUUUCAACGGUAGGUCAAACUUUCAUAAACAUCAGAUGACUCACACCCGAGAGAGAACUUUUGCCUGUUACAAAUGUGGGGAUGCCUUCAUCCAGAAAUCCCAGUUGAUAACACAUCAGAGAACUCAUAUUGGAGAGAAACCAUAUGAAUGCUGUGACUGUGGGAAAUCCUUCAGUAAGAAGCCACAACUCAAAGUGCAUCAACGAAUUCACACAGGAGAGAGGCCCUAUGUGUGUUCUAAAUGUGGGAAGGCCUUCAACAACAGAUCAAAUUUUAAUAGACACCAAACAACUCAUACCAGAGACAAGUCUUACAAAAGCAGUUACUCUGUGAAAGGCUGUACCAAGAAGUCAGUUCCUAGCAUGCAUCAACAGAUACAUAAGUGAAACAAACUCUCUCAAUUUCUUAAAGAAAAGAAUCUGAUAAGAGUGAGGUUUAAUUGUACCUUAUAGAAUUCAUGCUUUAGAAAACUCUAGGAAUGCAUUGUAUGUCACAAAAUUAUAUAUCUUAUGUAAGGAAAGGAAAUUAUUUAGAACUUUUAUGAAUAGAAUACCCAUAUUUGUACUAGCUGCAUUAAGGAUUAUAAAAUCCAUCUGGGGAGGAAAUCUGACUGCUGCAUUGAGAGAAGUGUUUCUGUAGAAAGUGAUACAAAGUAGGUUGUUACCAUGUUGUUUUUAGGAAAAUUCCUGGGAAAUUAUAUUAAUAACCUAGUUUGGUUUAAUGUGGGAUAUCAAUAUUUUUAAGGUGCCAGCAAACUGAAUGAUGACAGCAUUACAUGUGUGUGUGUGUAUGUAUAUAUAUGUGUACAUUUGUAUGAUCAGGUUAUAUAUGUGCACAUACACAUGCUACAAAUACACUGCAUUAACAGAAGGUGUUGCAUAGUCAAUAAUUAUAUUGACACAUGAAUGUACAUUCUGGUAAAUGCAUAACUAAUUCUGUAAGGUAUACUGGUCCUCACAGUGUUAUUUUGCUCUUUCAUGAUUAGCUGAGCUCUGCCCUCCCCUUUUUGCCUCCACCAUCUAUGGUGAGCCUCUCCAUAGAUAAUCAGUGUCAACCUUUUAGUCUGGGUUCUUUCAUAUUUUUAUACAGGCUCCUAAGCACAUAUACCACAAUUCAGCAAACUGGCCAAUAACCAAAUCCGGCUGGCCACCAGUUUUGUUUUUAAAUAAAGUUUUAUCAACACAGUCAUGUUCAUUUGUUGAUAUGUUGUCUGGCUGCUUCCACACUACAAUUGUAGAGCUGAGUGGUUGUAGCAAAGUUCCUAUGGCCUGGAAGCCAAAAACACUUAAUCUGGCCCUUUAUGGGAGAAGUUUGCCAACACAUGUUUAUUCCUAUGCUCAUAAUCAUAUACCUAUGUAGGAACUCUUGCCUGUUUGUUUCAUAAAUACUGGAUAUCAUA